UUGGCGCAAUGAAUGCCGCAGAUAGGAGAAUGCUGAAUUUUUUGGUAGCAAAGACGAUCACGGUUUGAUCUACAAAAAAUGCGGGAUUUUUUUGCCCCAAAAAAAUGUGACGUCGUGGCAUUUUUUAUUUGGCCGUGGAGCGCUUUUUAUUGAUUUUUAGGCUUUAGACAAUGGACAUCACAGACGUCGAAUUCACGCGAUUUAUUGAUUUUCUAAUCGAAAAAACUAAAGAUUCGGUUGAGCCGUUAACGAUGGCGAGUAUAGUGUUCAAAGAAUUCAGUCAGCUUGAAGGAGAUCAAAUUCCUACUGGAUAUGGACCUUAUUCAAGAUUCCAUUUCAAAAUCGCGCCGGUAAUCGAUAAAUUCCACAACUACAGUAUAGAGACACGAAUUCGAUUGAUGUUCGCCCUGGGAGCCAAGGUGUCGCCGGAAUUUCUGGCGCUAACUCGAGAACACGGUAUUGCUCAGCUUGACGGGAGAAAUAGAAUCUGCAAAUAUGAAUCUGAAGACGGAACUCUCCAGCUAGGCACUGCUCAUUCCGAAUCGGCGAAACGAUGCUCUGCCAGUGAUUCGGAUCAGGGCGGUGCGAAAAUUGCGAAAAUUACGGAAGAGCCACAGAUCACACAACACCCGACGAAAAGCGAAGAAAAUUACGAAUCACAGAUCGCACAAUUACAGAAAUUAUGGAACAAUGAUGAAUAUGUUGGGUCUCGCCACGAAAUUCCGUCGAAGGGACCAGAAUUCAAAUUCGAGCAUAAGCGUGACAAUGACUUGGAGAAUCCUGAUUUGUUCUUCAGAAAACCGAAAUCUGAAAUUGAUUUGGACGAGAUUUGGCAUGACGACGAUGAAAUUGAACACAGUAUUUCGAGUUUUCGAGGGAACACCAUCAAUUUUCACGACUUUCUGAAGAAAUUUCGGAAAUUUUUGUGCUAUCUAGAGAUUCCCGAGCUUGAUGGGCUUAAAAGUCGGAUUAAUAUAUCGAUUGAAACAACGUCAGAUGAGAUUCUCGAAUUCGCCGAUCUUCAUAAAACGUUCGAAACAUUCUUCUUCGGGAUUAAUCGAAAAAUUCGAUCUACCGCCGCGGCUAAUUCUAUGCCGCUCAAUGUAUUCCUCAUCAAAUUCAAAUGCUUCCUUCUUGGAUUGGGUUCUCCCCAGAUUUUGGAUUUUCAGCACAUGGUUCAGGCUGAGAUUGAUGAUCCGACAGUCGUGAAUAAGAUUCUUCAUCUCAACGACAUCUGCCAAGCUGUAAGCUUCCUGUUCUCCAUUAUUGCACACUGAUGCACAUUUUUUUCCUUUUUGAAUAAUUGUUUUUUAUUUGAUUGCUUUUUGAAUUUUUCGAAUUAUAAACUGUUUUUUUUAAAUUAAAUUAUUUUGAAAAUCGUUUAA